ACCCAACAUGCACCGCGCCCUCCCGCCCCGCCCCUCGCUGCCCUUCACAACAGCCAAGAUGGCGACGGCCACCCGGCUCAUCCAGCGGCUCCGUAACUUCCUGGCGGGGCGGGACCUCCAGGCCAAGCUAGCGCUGCGCUACACGGAGAUCUCCAAGAGGACGCAGCCGCCGCCCCGGCUCCCGGUGGGCCCCAGCCACAAAUUCGCUGACAACUAUUACUGCACCCGGGAUGGACGCCGGGAGGCGGGCCCGCCUAUCGUGGUCGCCUCGGGGCUGAAAACCCUCGCAGCGGGGGCUGGGGGCAGCAGCUCAAGCUCUGCAGUGACAGCAACUGACAAAAAGCCAGUGACGCCAGGGCCGGUGCUUAAGAAGUGGGAAAUCUCAAAAGACCAGCCCUACUUGUGAGAAAUGAGUGUGAUAAAUCUGGAUGUACAGGUCUUGGUUCAUUAAAAAGCAGCACUUUGAUGGUAAGCCUGCAGUGGAUUUAGCUAUGGAGAUGUUAUACAGAACAUAUUUGCACGCACAACUAAUAAAUAUAUUUAAAGUUGU